UUUGUACCAUUUUUCAUCCAGCAGCAAUUUGGAGUGGAAACGUGUAAUAGGGGGAAAAAAGCAAGGUUCUCGGCGGUAUCGGCGAGCCGUGCAGCCAGGAGCCAAAAAAGAUUAGCGGCCCCCCCGCAGCCACGCUCACCCCCACUUCCACACGCGCACACAGCACACACACACACAGCACACACGCGCACGUCCUCGCGGCACCGCGCGGCUCCGCGCUCACCCGCCGGACAUCGAGCGAAAGGGAUUCGUCUGGAGGGCAAUUUCGGAUCGGGGGAGAUCUAUUGGAUUAGGAGGAUUAUCUGCCUGCAGACGGAGAGAAGUAGCGUUUGAUCAUUUCUAUUGCUUGCCUGAUGGUCGGAUUUAAAUGGAGGUGGCUCGGCACGGAUGAGGCUGAAUUCCGGAUGGGGAUUUCCAGCCCCCCCUCCCCUCGCCCCGAUCCGAGGAAAGGGGAGAAAAAUAUCUCAAAAUCGAUAUAAUUCGGAAGCGUCCGGGGCACGAUUGGGAAACCUCCAGCUCCCGGCGGCUCGGAAAGAGCCGGAGGAGGCGAAUCCGAUGAAUUACAGUUUCAGAGGAGAUUGCAGAAAAGCGGCCGCGAACUGGAUAUAGACCUGCGGCUAACUGGAUUUGAUUUAUAAGAGGGGAUUCUGCAGUAAAUGGCCGCUCUCUUCAUAUUGCUGCUAUGGAAAACAGAAUUGUCAAUAGGAUGUAGUCUGAUAAAUAGUGCUGAGUGAAGAUGCAGCUUCAAUAAGUGUGAAAUCAAUGGAAGAUACUUACCACAUGAAAAGCCUUUUGAGAUUUUUCUGACAGGCUCCUAUUUAGGAAACUUGAUCUGUUUCCUUUGGUCGCCCUCUUUUUACACCAGUGGAUACAAAUAAGAUUGCUUCAUUGUAGUCACACAACUAAUGUGGGACCAUGGCCUUUCCAAGAUCCAUGUGGCUGAACUGUGUAUGGAGAGCGCUGAUAGCCCGCCUGCUACACAUGGGAUUGAAUGCCACUUUUGCUUUCUCUAUACUUGGAUUUUUGCUUCACGCUGCAGCUGUGUCCUCCCAAAAAUUGGAUGAUACCAACCCAGUGGUGACCACCAACUUUGGCAAGAUAAGAGGGAUUAAGAAGGAACUAAAUAAUGAAAUUUUGGGGCCUGUUAUUCAGUUUCUCGGGGUUCCGUAUGCUGCCCCUCCAACAGGGGAGCGCCGCUUUCAACCUCCUGAGCCUCCGUCUCCCUGGGCAGAUAUCAAAAAUACCACUCAGUUUGCUCCAGUGUGUCCCCAGAACAUUAUAGAAGGCAGGUUGCCUGAAGUCAUGCUUCCCGUGUGGUUUACUAAUAACUUGGAUGUAGUUUCCACCUAUGUACAAGAUCAGAAUGAAGACUGCCUCUAUUUAAAUAUCUAUGUCCCAACCGAGGAUGGUCCCCUUACAAAGAAACAGACAGAUGAUUUAGGUGAUAAUGACGGUGCUGAAGAUGAAGACAUUCGGGACAGUGGGGGACCUAAGCCUGUGAUGGUGUAUAUACAUGGAGGGUCCUACAUGGAAGGCACUGGAAAUUUGUAUGAUGGCAGUGUUCUAGCAAGUUAUGGGAAUGUGAUAGUCAUCACAGUCAACUACCGCCUUGGGGUACUUGGAUUUUUGAGCACUGGGGACCAAGCAGCAAAAGGAAACUAUGGCCUCCUUGAUCUAAUUCAAGCUUUGCGAUGGACUAGUGAAAAUAUUGGGUUCUUUGGUGGUGACCCAUUAAGAAUAACUGUUUUUGGAUCUGGUGCAGGCGGUUCAUGCGUCAAUCUGUUGACUUUAUCCCAUUAUUCUGAAGGUAACCGUUGGAGCAAUUCAACCAAAGGACUUUUUCAAAGAGCAAUAGCUCAAAGUGGAACAGCACUGUCCAGCUGGGCGGUUAGUUUUCAGCCUGCAAAAUAUGCCAGGAUGCUGGCUACAAAAGUUGGUUGCAACAUGUCGGACACUGUAGAACUGGUAGAAUGUCUACAGAAGAAGCCUUAUAGAGAACUCGUUGACCAGGACAUUCAACCAGCUAGAUACCAUAUAGCCUUUGGACCAGUAAUUGAUGGCGAUGUGAUACCCGAUGAUCCUCAGAUAUUGAUGGAACAAGGAGAAUUCCUCAAUUACGACAUCAUGCUGGGAGUUAAUCAAGGCGAAGGGUUAAAAUUUGUUGAAAACAUUGUGGAUAGUGAAGAUGGCAUCUCAGCUAGCGAUUUUGACUUUGCAGUUUCUAAUUUUGUCGAUAACUUGUACGGAUACCCUGAAGGCAAAGAUAUAUUGAGGGAAACUAUUAAAUUUAUGUACACCGACUGGGCAGAUCGACACAAUCCUGAGACCAGAAGGAAAACACUGCUGGCUUUGUUUACUGAUCACCAAUGGGUUGCACCGGCAGUGGCCACAGCAGAUCUUCACUCGAAUUUUGGAUCGCCUACAUACUUCUAUGCCUUUUACCAUCAUUGCCAGACAGAUCAGGUACCUGCGUGGGCAGAUGCAGCCCAUGGAGAUGAGGUUCCUUACGUACUGGGAAUCCCCAUGAUUGGUCCUACUGAAUUAUUUCCUUGUAAUUUCUCCAAAAAUGAUGUCAUGCUAAGUGCAGUAGUGAUGACAUACUGGACAAACUUCGCAAAAACUGGUGACCCAAAUCAGCCCGUGCCACAAGAUACAAAAUUCAUCCAUACAAAACCAAAUCGUUUUGAAGAAGUAGCAUGGACCAGAUAUUCUCAGAAAGACCAACUAUAUCUUCACAUUGGAUUAAAACCACGAGUUAAAGAACAUUAUAGGGCCAAUAAAGUGAACCUUUGGUUGGAACUGGUACCUCAUCUGCACAAUCUUAACGACAUUUCACAGUAUACCUCUACCACAACUAAAGUGCCAUCAACAGAUAAUACUUUCAGACCAACAAGGAAAAAUUCAGUUUCUGUUACUUCAGCCUUUCCUACAGCCAAACAAGAUGAUCCCAAACAGCAACCAAGCCCAUUUUCAGUGGAUCAAAGAGAUUAUUCAACAGAAUUGAGCGUUACUAUUGCAGUUGGUGCAUCUUUACUCUUCCUGAACAUUUUGGCCUUUGCAGCACUGUACUACAAAAAGGACAAGCGGAGACAUGAUGUUCAUAGGAGAUGUAGCCCACAACGUACUACUACCAAUGAUCUCACCCAUGCACAAGAAGAGGAGAUAAUGUCCCUCCAAAUGAAGCACACUGACUUGGAUCAUGAAUGUGAGUCCAUCCAUCCACAUGAGGUGGUUCUCAGGACCGCCUGUCCCCCGGACUACACGCUAGCUAUGAGAAGGUCUCCUGAUGAUAUUCCCUUAAUGACGCCCAACACCAUCACAAUGAUUCCCAACACUAUACCAGGGAUUCAGCCCUUACACACAUUCAAUACAUUUACCGGAGGACAGAACAAUACUCUGCCCCAUCCUCAUCCCCACCCCCAUUCACACUCGACAACCAGGGUAUAGCCAGACAAGAUGAAACAAACUUUAUUUUUUGAUGGAUUACAGUAGGUGGUAUUACUGAAGAUUACUUGGCUUUCAACCUACAAGACUCUUACUAUUUAAAUAUGGAGGAAUAUUAUGUGAAUAUACAUAUCAAGAACUUUUGGGGUUUUGAAAAAAAAAAUGAAUUGUACAUAUAUCAAAUGAACUUAAGAAACAAAAACAAACAAAAAACCACCCAACUGUUGGCAGUUGCUUGAAACAGUUGUCCUGAAUGAUACUUUUUCAUUCACAUUCAAGUAUUAAUUUUCUGAAGAUUUAAGUUACAUAAUGGAAUUAGGCAUGUGCAACACAAACAGGAAAGAACAAAGACUGAAAAUUUUAAAAACCUAUAAAUAUGCACAAGGGACACACUAAUGGAAUGUCAGAUAACUUUCACCAAUUUUUAUUUGGACCUGUUUUAUUGUGUAGACCAUAUUUACAUAUUUGAAUAAGUACACAAAGCACCAAUGCUGUUAAGGCCUUAGGAAGGGGCUCAUGCUGAGAUCUGCCAGUCAGACAAAGAAGUUUUACAGCCUGGCAGGUACAAGAUUAUCACUUAAGUGCUGUCAGUAUAAAAGUUGUGGGAAUAAAAGAAACUGGUUAUUUUUAGCACGAUGUGCAUGAUAAUUUAUAUGCUUGGUGGCUGUGCUGCUGAUUAAGCCGUAAUUAAAAUUCUUCUCAUCCCAUUGGAGUUUUAAUAGAAGCUUUCUCCAUCAAUUGGCACAACCUAAGGAAGUUUUUUAAAGGGGCAAAAGUAAUUACAGUGAAAUAUUUCAUAGUAAUUUCAGUAAAAGAAGGAAUUGCAACAGUUCUAAGAGGUAUUUUUGGAAUUCUAGGUAUGCGGUGGUGAAAACUCACUGAUUUGAAUCCCAGAAAAAAAUCUAUUUUAUUAAUGUUGUCUUCCCUUUCCACCUAAAUAGUGUCUAACAUUAACAUAAUUGUAACUCUAAUGGAAACUCCUGUGGUAAAGGAUUUAUAAUUUUCUGUGACUUAAUUACAAUAUAUUUAGUUCAAAUUGGUGAGGUAAAGUGUGUCCAAAGAUUGAAUUGCAAUGAUGUUUUGCGGUAUAAAACUCCCCAAUAUCACCACUCUGAUUACAUCUCUCAGUUUAUGGUUUGAACUCAUGUUGCAUGUUACAGAGUUUACUUACGAUACUUUAAUAUAAAGUUAAUUCCCUUUUUGCUAUACAUUAGCCAUUUAAAUGAAUUCUGUAGAUCAGAAGAAGGGGGUAUGUAAGGACGGGGAGAGCGCCAAAACCUGGAAAUUUUAACAUCUGAACAGUACAUAUGUUUGUGUGAUUCAAAAUGAGUGUUCUAAAAUCAAAAGAAAUUUUUCAUUCCCUGUUGCUUUCCAGUAAUUAUAUACCACAGUCCUUUCAAAAUGUUUGUAUAUGUAAUCAGAUGUACAUUUAUAUAAAAGAAAUAAUUGAGAUGGACUUAAGAGCACAUCCCUGAUAAAUACUUUCUCUCUUACCUGUACUAUAUUUCUAUUAGACUAAAGUUAUGUGAUUUUUUUUUACAUUUUUUCAAAUUACUAGCAAUUUUGAUAGUUUGUAAGAUAAUGCGAAGAACUUUCUCUGACAAACUAACUGCAGUAACAGAAACAUUUCUUUUCAGUUACUCUUUUUCAAGAAUGAAAGCUUAUUACACAAAAAAAAAUAAUAAAUUGUAUACUACUUGAUGGAAAAUUACUUUGUACUUCUUGGCCAUAUUACUGGUCACUGAGUGAAAUAAAGAUAAUCUGGAUAACGAAUAUUAUUCCAAUGCUAAGAGACCUGAUCUUUGCUCAUUAAAGAGCUAAAAUGUUUAUUGCUGUUUUGUCAUUUUUUAAUGAAGUAAUGGUAACUGUCUCGAAUAAAGAGUAAUAUCUUAAGACCAGUCUGGUUUUUGAAGACAUGAACAUGCCUUCUGCAAUUAAUAGAACUGCAUACUUUUAGGCCAGUCCCAGCUACUAUCAUAUCUUCCAAAAGUACCGACUUUAUGUUACAGUGUUACACAGAAAUCUCUCCUGUCAUUUUCAGAAAAAAAGUUCAAAAUAUAAAUACAAAAAUGAAGACCAAAAAAGAAAGCCAGUGAACAGGCCUAAUGGUAAUAAAUUUGCAGAAGUCCACAGCAGAGAAAAAUCACCUUGGUUUUAUUCGGAUGCGUUAACGUUUAUGGAACAGCCGCUAGGAAGUUCAAAGCACGUUUGCUAACAUCAAGCACAGACAUUAAAACUGAAGCUGUAAUCAAAACAAAAUGCUGUGAUUUCAGUCAUUUUAUUUAGCUUAAAAAGCCCACAGUUGAAAUCCAUGCAUUCAAUGAGUGCAUCUCUCAGUCCUCAGUGUUAAAAAUUAAGAUCUUUUGGUAGAAGCAAAAACAAUGUUGUCUUCAAAAUCCAGGGCGGUCUGUGUGCAAUUUCUGCCUGAUGUGGUUGUGCUUUUAGACUGUGACCUGCCAAUGUAAACCAAUAAAAAAAUUGUCUGCCAUCUGAUAAUUAUUGUUUGAUAGGAAGAUUGUAUUUUGCUAUGUUGAUGAACAAAACAACAACAACAAAAAAACACAAAAAAUAUUGAUGGCCAUAAAACAAGAUAUUAAUGAAAUAUGAUUUUAUGUGCUUUUCUUAACUUUAUCAAAACCAAAAUAACUUUCUACUAUAGUUUAUUUGUGGCCAUAUAUAUAUAUAUCUAUAUAUACAGUAUCUGGUAAUUGUUUACUUUUAUUAGUUACAAAAUAAAUGAUUUAGGUAAACCAAGCAUGACACUACACUUUAUUUUUGUCAGCCAACAGUAUUGAAAAUGUGAAAGAUGAAGGCAACGAUACACAUUUUGUAAGUCCUGCUUGAAAAUAAGUUCACAUAGGAUGCAGAUACUGUGAAUGAUAUUUUAAUGGCUACUUCACAUCACAGCAGCUGGUCUUCCAAAAGGGAGGUGGUUUCCCACAUCUUAAGAUGACAUUAAGAAAGACCAAGAGAUGUUUUAAGAGCUGAAGCAUAAUAAAAAUAGAGGGAACGGUUUGGGAAUAUCGUCGUUACGCUUCAUGGAAUGUAAGUUUGUUCUUUUUAAAAUAUUCAUCUGUUUGAUUUGUUUCCACCAUAACCUCCAAGAAAACAAAAUCAAGUGUGAUAUUUAAUUUCUUGUAUCAUCCUUGGACCACGUUUCCAAUAAAAUGAAGAUCUUAGUCAAUCUUUGGAAAUUCAGUAAAAAUAUAAAAAGCCUGCAUUUACUGCUUUCACA